ACAUCCCGCCUUCUUCCAUCUCCAAAAACCCCCACGACUUUCAGAAUUGGGAUUUCGGAACAUAAAAAAUAAAAAAAAAAACCGUUAAAUUUAAAUUAGCGAACGCGGAAGAUCAAGAGAAAGGUCGAAGUGAAGAGCACCUGCACGAAAUUCCAAUUCUCUCUUCUCGGAGAAAAUCCAGUUCGAUUCGCAGCCAUGACUGAGUACUGGGUUAGUCAGGGUAACAAGUGGUGCGAUUUCUGCAAAAUCUACAUCUCCAACAAUCCUUCUAGCAUCAGAAACCAUGAGCUCGGUCAACGUCACAAAGAUAAUGUUGCAAAGCGGCUUAGUGCCAUGAGACAAGAGAAAACUGCAAAGGAGAAAGAACACAAGGAAGCAACUCGUGCUCUUGAACAAAUUGAAGCAAAAGCACAACGCAGUUAUCAGAAGGAUGUAGCUCGAGUGCGAGAAGGUGCCAAAGAUUCUACAAUUUCUGAAGAUUGGGAAUAUGACAACUCUUCGGGCUACUAUUACAAUCAGAAUAACGGGUGUUACUAUGAUCCAAAAUCUGGCUUCUACUAUACUGAUGCUCUAGGUCGGUGGGUGACACAAGAAGAGGCGCUAGCAGCAACUCGAGCUCCGUCAGAAUCUGUUUCAAAGAAACCGAUUUUAAAGAGCCCUGUUCCAGAAACAAAGUCUGAAUCUUCGGGGGAUAAAACUCAUCAAAGUGGUCCUCCACCAGGGCGUGUUGUCUCGACUCCUUUGGAUCCUACCAGAUCUGUGAAAGGUGCUCCUUCUUCACUAACUGUUAACAACAGCAAAAGGAAAAGGGAAACCGCAAAGCCAAAAGCUGUGUCAGAAGCAGAAUCGGCUGCAUUGAAAGCGAGAGAAGCUGCUAGGAAGCGAGUUGAAAAGAGAGAAAAAUCAUUGCUUGGUCUUUAUAAGCAUUAAUUUUUUAAAAAAUUUCUUCAUGGAACUCCUUGUUUCUACACAAUGCAAUUCCGGUGCAUUUCCUUCAAAGUUGAAUCGAUUCGACUGUAAACAACUCAACAUUGUUAUGUUUGAUAGUUUUUUAUGUAAGGCUUUUGUUGUUAUCUUCUUUCUUUUAAUGUUCAUACUGCAUAUCAUACUUCA